AUUAAAGGAACGAUAAUGAAAAUUAGCAGCGCUGUUCCUGUUCAUACAGCAGACUUAAGUAUCGUUUUCAGAAGGAAUCUAUGUGAUACAGUGGGAUACUUGGAAACAGUUGGAAACAGACCUACGAGCAUCAUCUUCACAGUCCAAAAGUGGGAGCUGCUGCUGAAUUUGUUCUGUGAUCACCUCUUGCAGAGCACCAGAAAUAUGGAUAGACUUCUGCGACUUGGAGGAGGUGUGCCUGGGCUGGGACAGGGGCCACCAACAGAUGCUCCUGCGGUCGAUACAGCAGAACAAGUUUACAUCUCAUCCCUUGCGCUGCUGAAAAUGUUGAAGCAUGGUCGUGCUGGUGUCCCUAUGGAAGUUAUGGGUCUGAUGCUCGGGGAAUUUGUCGAUGAUUACACUGUAAGAGUGAUUGAUGUUUUUGCAAUGCCACAGUCUGGAACGGGUGUCAGCGUGGAGGCUGUCGAUCCUGUAUUUCAGGCAAAAAUGUUGGAUAUGCUGAAACAAACAGGAAGACCUGAGAUGGUAGUCGGUUGGUAUCAUAGUCACCCUGGCUUUGGCUGCUGGUUGUCUGGUGUAGAUAUCAAUACUCAGCAGAGCUUUGAAGCCUUAUCAGAAAGAGCUGUUGCUGUGGUGGUGGAUCCCAUUCAGAGUGUAAAAGGAAAGGUUGUUAUUGAUGCCUUCAGAUUGAUCAAUGCUAAUAUGAUGGUCUUAGGACAUGAACCAAGACAAACAACUUCAAAUCUGGGUCACUUAAACAAGCCAUCCAUCCAGGCACUAAUUCAUGGACUAAACAGACAUUACUAUUCCAUCACCAUCAACUACAGGAAGAAUGAACUAGAACAGAAGAUGUUGCUAAAUUUGCAUAAGAAGAGUUGGAUGGAAGGUUUGACACUUCAGGACUACAGUGAACAUUGUAAACUCAACGAAACAGUAGUGAAGGAGAUGUUAGAAUUAGCUAAGAACUAUAACAAGGCUGUUGAAGAAGAAGAUAAGAUGACACCUGAACAGCUGGCAAUAAAAAAUGUUGGCAAGCAGGACCCCAAACGUCAUUUAGAAGAGCAUGUGGAUGUGCUGAUGACCUCAAACAUUGUCCAGUGUUUAGCUGCUAUGUUGGAUACAGUCGUAUUUAAAUAACCCAUUUACUGUUUGUGAUGCUUUCUGUGUAUAUUUGUUUGGGUUUUUUUUUUUCUAAUACUCACAAAGCAGAGACUGCUAAGGCUGUAUUGGAAUAAACUGAGACAUCUGACUUCAUUCACUAUGUAAGUGCAGCACUAAAACACCUUUCAGUCUCUUAAUUGUGCAGUUGCUUCGGUUUCUUUAUGUUGGGGUCUUUACAGAUCCCAAAGCAUUCAAGAACACAAUGUGGGCAAAAAUGUAUUACAUUUUCAUUUAAGAUUGGGGUGGGAGGGGGAAGAAAUCAGUAGUACAUAUAUAUUUUGUUGCAACAUAAUAAAUACAUCUACAAACCUGU